GUGGUCGUGGUUGUCUGGUUGUGAUUGUGGUCGGGUGAUUGUCUUGUGUGGCCAUGGUGAUCGUGGUCGUGGUUGUCUGGUUGUGAUUGUGGUCGGGUGAUUGUCUUGUGCGGGCAUGGUGAUCGUGGCUCUGGUCGGCUGGUAUGGUGUGGUGGUGGGACACGGGCAUUUGGUGGCCGUGAUUAACUAUGUCAAUGACUGGGUGCCGAGGUGCGAGUACAGCUCCGGUUGCAGCGCGAGUACAAGCGGCUGCUGAAGAACCCGGUGUCAUCGAUCCUUGCUGCCCCGUCGAGCAAAUCGGUCUACAUCUGGUACUAUGCCCUGUUUGGACCGAGUGGCACGCCCUAUGCGGGUGGAGUCUACUUUGGCAAGCUUGUCUUCCCACAGAACUACCCCAAUGGUCCCCCGGCCAUCUACAUGAUCACGCCAUCGGGCCGAUUCCAGGUCAACUCGCGGCUGUGUCUCUCGAUGAGCGACUUUCACCCCGAGUCGUGGAACCCGCUCUGGUCCGUCUCGUCCAUUCUCUCGGGCUUGCUCUCGUUUAUGGUUGAGGAGACUCCGACGCACGGUUCUGUCUCGCGUUCGCCUGCUGAUCGCCGCCGCCUCGCUGCGCGCUCCAUGACAUUUAACCGCAAAGAUCCUGUCUUUGUCGAGACCUUUCCCGACCUGGUUGAAGCAGCUGCCGAUGGCUCGAUUGCGCCGCCGGCUCUGCCACCCAACGAAGCUGCUCUUUGGCACGAGGCGUACGAGCAACAUCAGUCUGGAGCCGGCGCCUCCUCCAGUGUCGACGGGUGCGGGGGCGCAAGUGGGGGCCGUAGCGAAGACGAGAACGAGGUUACCGUCGUCGCCGUCAUCCAAACCGUGGUCCUUGCCGUGUUGGUGAGCGGCUGCGCCGUCGCCAUCGCCUACUACGACUCGCCGCUAGACGCUCUAGCCGAUCUGCGCCACAUUGUCGACAUCUGAUGCAUAUCCCGUCUGCUACAGCGCACUGGAGCGCCAGGCACCGACGAUUCAUCCGCAACUGGUAAACCCCACGUUCACGCCAA